GGAGAUAAUGAGAUUGAGACUGAAGAAGGUAGGGUGGUAUGAAGCCAUGCGAUGCAGAUGAAAAAAAAACAGCUCCCCUGGAUCUGCAACUUACAGAUUGGCCUGAGAAUGGUAAGGUCAGAGGAAUGUUGAAACCAUCCAUGUCAGAUGGAACCUCCCCACCUCCCUUCGGGAUGCGAAACAUAUCAUCUGAGGGACUGCAAGCUGGCGACGCCUGGGAGGAGAUGGUAUCCAAAACAAACUCUGGUGCACAUGCCUCUUGGCCAAUAGCUGCUCAGCUCUCAGCCUCAAUGGAUGACCUCGCAGCAUCAGAAGGAGCAGAGCGAGGGCAAGCAAAAGGGGGAGGUGGAGGUGGAGGGCAUUUGGCACGACGAAGGCCAUCAUCCCUUCAGCCCAUUAUUGAAGAAGCAGACAGUCAAGGUCCUCUUCUGCAGGCUCUCUCUGCGUCUGGAGCUGAACCCCGGUCCUUGUCAUUGAAAGGUGGGGAGGUUGGAGGCGCGGACGAUGAACGCCCUCACCGAACACAGCAGCAGCAGCAACAUCAUCGCAUUGACCCAUCAGCUUUCCCUUGGAUGAGAAUCGAUGACCCAGACACCCUUGUGGGUGCCAUUAUGACCUCACCUGAUGAGUUGCUGUCGACGGUGCAUAAGGCAGCCGCAGAUGAUGAUGUCGAGAGCUUCCCCCCUCACCGGUCGAGAUUCAUCAAUUUCAAUUCCACUAUUGGAAGGAAGUUCUGGAUGCAUCAGAGCUUGAUCAGACACACUGGAGUGACACGUGUCCUCGUCCACUCGUUCGCCACCACCUUCAAGGACUCCAAUAGGAGAAAGGAUGACGAUGGGGCUACAAACGCGGCUGUGGACUCUGUCCUCGUCGCAAUGGCGAAAGCUCUCCUCCAUGUCUCGCAGUUCAUCGAGAAUGUGGUUGUCAUGUUUGAAGGUAACUGUCCUUUGGAUUUUGUUUUCUGAUUUUCUCUGUUUCUCCUUUUGGCUUUCCUGAAAUAGGGGCUGAGGAGGACUUCUUGAUAGACCUGGCUCCCGCAUAUGCUGAUGACGAG